UCUACCUCUCAUAGUUGUUUUGGUGGCAAGACUAGCUUGGAGGAAAUUUAGGCUCAGUUUUUAGGCCUACGAGAGGAAGAGGAGGAAGAAGAGGAGAGGAAGAGGAGGGGGGAAGAAGAGGGAAGGAGGAGAGAUGGAGAGAUAAGAAGAACAAGAGGUAGAUAAGGAAGAAGAAGAAGAAGAUUGACAGGAGAAUUUGACCCCAGAAAUUGAAUCACAAUGGGAUCUGUCCUGUCGUCCUUUUUCCAGUCCGGCUCAGCGCUCCUAACUGCCCACAACCACAGAAUAGUCAGCGAUAGUACCAAAAGAACCAUCCGGGCAGUGUUCGAGGCGAUCCAGACCAACCCAAGAGUCACCGUUCAAGGCAUAGAGUCUCUCCUUGUUGCAAUUCCAAGGAAUGAGAGCAUCUUGCAUGUGGUCAAUGAAGAAGGUUAUAAUCUUCUGCAAAAGGCUGUGGGUCUGAACAACAUUGGUUUGACUAGGUGGUGUUUGUCAUCGCGAUCUCUGGACGUCAAUCGCGGUGUUUGCUCGCUUCCUCUUCACAUCGCAUGUUUGAAAGGCUAUGAGGAGUGUGUCGAGAUUUUGCUGAAGGCGGGAGCGAGGACUGAUGUUGAAGCAAGGAUGUGCUGGCCUGGACCUCAUAAUCAGAACUGUGAACAAAGGGCUGCGUGCACGGAUGUCACGGCAAACGAUCGUUCCAGCGACAAGUUGCAGAACGCAAUAUUUUAUGCAAUAGAUGGAGAUCAGGUGGACAUCUUGGAGCUGCUAACUCAACAGGCUGACGACCACUGGCUUCCCUGGCAGCAGAGAAGGCCAUUACUCCACAUAGCUUGUGAAAGGGGCGCUUGGAACUGUGUGAAAUACCUAGUUCUUGAAAGGUCGGACGAGAUCAACCAGUGCUUUGACGAAUAUUACCCGAUUCAUCAAGCGUCAUUACAUCACACGAAAUUUUUGGAGUUAAUGAUACAGUGUGGGGCAGACACAAGCGCCAGGACUUGUACUCAGCAGAUGACGGUGUUGCAUGUGGUGUUCCUGCUGGGGAAGAAAGGUGCGGAGGACACUCUAGAAACCGUCAAGGUCCUCAUGUCCAAUGGCCUAAAGGAACACUUAAAUACAGCAGAUACUCUCGGUAAUACGCCACUACAUGCUUUGAUCGUGAGAUAUGCCCUGGAGGAAGCUCGUUAUGGUUAUGAUCAGGAACCAAGACCUUGGAAUAAAUGGGAUAUGCUAUUGAUAGUACGCUAUUUACUACAAAAUGGCGCCUCUCCCUCCAUCAACCAGCAUGGGAAUAGUGCACUAGCCUGUGUACUGAGACAGGUUCGCGACUGGGAGUUUCGUUACGAGCUUCUGGAUAUGCUUCUACACUACGGAGGGAACCCAAACUUGGUGGGCAGGGACGGGUCAGUUCCCCUUAUGGUCUGCCUGGUGCCUCUCAUUAAUAAGGAUCCUCUGCAUCACUUUACUCACACUAUGAAGGUGUUUUAUUUGAACUGCGUGCGUUUGUUGUGUCGUCACGGAGCAAACCCAAACUGUUCUUCUCGGUCCAACCUAACUCCCCUCCAUGUCCUGAUGUUCACGGCCUCAGAGAACACUGCAUUGGCCAGAGAGAAGGAGAAGGCGGCUGCGUUUGCUUUUGUACGGCAGCUCCUGGUCAUCCUGUUGCAACAUGGAUUGGACCCGAACGUGCGAUUUUCACAGCGCACCCAGCACAUUCUGCUAUCGUUGAUGGAUAUGGUACAAAAUGCGAGGUCCCCACAUGACCUGGACUACGUGUGUGACCUGACCUUGACCCUCCUGCAGCACGGGGCGGACCCUAAUGUCAAUAUAUCCACUACAGAACCCAUGAUUUGCCACUCCCAGUCAUCAGUCUUUCUUAAAAAAUGCUCCAACCAGGUCCUAUAUUACUACGUCCAGCUUCUAAUACGGAAGGAGGAGCUUCUAAACGAUCCAGACAUGAGAUUUGCGAAGCUCUUGAACCUGUACCACCAAGCUAUGAACCACUCUGAACUCAACCAGUGCCUCAAGAUCCUCUACACACAGACUUCCCUCGUCCCUAUGAAGAAGCAGCUGGCCAAGGUCCUCAGGGACCUCUACACUCAGCCAAGAACUUUGAAGCAAAUCUGCCGAGUGUCCAUUUACAAUUCUCUCUCUCGACAAACACAGCAGAAAGUCAACAAGCUGCCCCUACCUGCUAUGCUUAGAGAGUACUUGCUGUCUUUCGAACCUUGAGAAAUGUUGUUACGUUUGUGUCUCUCCCGCUUGUCUCGUUUGGUGUGUGAGUUUGUGUGUCUGUGUGGUGAUAGAGGAGACUUCUGGCUGUCUUGCACUUAUUUCAGUUUGUCUGUACGAUGUUUUGUUUGUGAGAUAUUAUGAAAAAUGUUUGAAUCGUCUCGGUAAAUUUUCUGUUACAAGUCGUGGAAGUCUUGUUACGUUUGUGUCUCUCCCGCUUGUCUUGUUUGGUAUGUGAGUUUGUGUGUUUGUGUGGUGAUAGAGGAGACUUCUGGCUGUCUUGCACUUAUUUCAGUUUGUCUCUUCGAUGUUUUGUUUGUGAGAUAUUAUGAAAAAUGUUUGAAUCGUCUCGGUAAAUUUUCUGUUACAAGUCGUGGAAGUCUUGUUACGUUUGUGUCUCUCCCGCUUGUCUCGUUUGGUGUGUGAGUUUGUGUGUCUGUGUGGUGAUAGAGGAGACUUCUGGCUGUCUUGCACUUAUUUCAGUUUGUCUGUACGAUGUUUCGUUUGUGAGAUAUUAUGAAAAAUGUUUGAAUCGUCUCGGUAAAUUUUCUGUUACAAGUCGUGGAAGUCUUGUUACGUUUGUGUCUCUCCCGCUUGUCUUGUUUGGUAUGUGAGUUUGUGUGUUUGUGUGGUGAUAGAGGAGACUUCUGGCUGUCUUGCACUUAUUUCAGUUUGUCUGUACGAUGUUUUGUUUGUGAGAUAUUAAGAAAAAUGUUUGAAUCGUCUCGGUAAAUUUUCUGUUACAAGUCGUGGAAGUCUUGUUACGUUUGUGUCUCUCCCGCUUGUCUUGUUUGGUAUGUGAGUUUGUGUGUUUGUGUGGUGAUAGAGGAGACUUCUGGCUGUCUU